AUGCCGCCGGCGCUGGCCUCCAGGGUCUCCCUCCGGGAGCUGGCCGACCUGGCCAUCGGCACCCCGGAAGUGGGCGCCGUGAACUUCACGGCCCUGCACACACUUAUUGUGGCCAUGCUCGAGAGCCUCAACCUCCAGGAGGUCCUCAUCGAUUUCCACCACCCGUCCAGCGAGCCUGGCCGCCCGACUGAGGACCUCCGGACCUCCUUCAGCACCCCGAACGUACCGCCCACCAAAGAGAAGCGCAAGAGUUUGACCAGGCUGCCAUCCCACACCCUGGAGGGCCAGGUGAAAGACCUGGGCUGCCAGGUGCAGGACCUCAGCAAGCAGCUCAAGAACAUGGACAGCAAGAUACAGGGCAUUGCCACCCACGUGGAGUACAUCUCCACAGCCCAGGCCUCUGACCUCCACCGGGAUUCCUCCAAGUCGGAGCAGGAGGCUCUGCUGGAACCUCAGGUUUCCCAGACGAAGCCUUCCAAGGUGUUUGACCCCCAGGUGGUCCCUGAACGGCAGGCACGCUCCAGCCUAGGGAGCCCUCAGGCGCCACAUACAAAGCCCUCCAAAACCUCGAAGGACAUCAGAGAGAGGAGCCCACACAAGUCCAUGGAUCUGCUUCAAGACAUCUUAGAGGACAUGAAAGUUCUGAAAGAGGCCAACCAGAAGGUGCAAGAGUCUCCUGAGCUGAAUCCCCAGGAAAAGAACCGGGAGCCUGGUUUUAUCUGCCAGGAACUCCUUCAGCGCAUUAAUGACCUUGAGAAGCUCGUCAAAGAUCAAGAUGAAUAUCUGGAUCAAUUAAGUCGGAGGAUGAAUUUUGUUCCGGGUGGAGAAGAAGUCACCAUGGUCACCUGGGAAGAGCUAGAACAAGCAAUCACUGACGGCUGGAAGGCCUCACGAAAGAGCUCAGAAACAUCCAUAGGAACACCUGGUAGGCACAGGAUGACGUCUUCUAUAACAUCAAAUGACCUCUUUCCAAGUGGAGUCUUUACCAAGCGCACAAGUACUGAGCAGGCUCUGGAUUCCACUGGUGGCCCAGAACAGACCAUAACAGGACCUGGUGUUGUAGGACACCCCUCUGAAAGAGUCACCAGCAGAGAUCAGAGAAUAUCAAAUAUUGGAUUUCCCAGGAGAGAUCAGCACCCACAGGCUCGUGAGCUAUCCCAGAUCACAGCAGAGACAGAUCACCAGAGGACUAGGGAGCCUGUACCUUCAACACAUCCCAAAAGAGAUGAAAAGCAUCCUGGCCCAAUUCAGGACUUACCCCCAGCCAGAGAUCAGCAUGGUGGGGUGCCCAUUAGCCAGGGUCAGGUCUACCCAAAGCCAGAUCUUCAUGAAUUAGGAGUACCUGGCAUGGAUCAGCCAGCAUUGGUAUAUCCUAGCACUUAUUUACAUACUGUGGUACCCAUCAGUACGGGUCAGCUUGGUGUACUGCCACCAGAAAUGGAUGAUCAGGGAUUGGUACCACUUGUCAUGGACCAGCAUGGCAUGAUGCCAACAUUGGGACCUGGCAGGGAUCGACAAGGCCUGCAGUCUCCUAGUACAGACCAGCUUGCUACAGUUCCACCGAGCACAUAUCAGCCUGGCAUGAUUCUUCCUGACACAGGCCAACAGAGCAUGGAACAGCCUGUCAUACCUGAAAGUGGUCUGGGACCAUGGCCCAUGGAUCAGCAAGGAUUGAUGCCAGUUGGCGUGGAUCAGCAGGCAUUCCCUCCAUCUCUUGCAGAUUCGUAUGGCUUGGUAUCACCUGGUUUGAUGCAACUUAGUGCAGAUCAGCAAGGUUUUGGACAGCCUAGUUUUCAAGCAUCUGGUUUUAUACAAUCUGGCAGAGAAUAUUAUGAUUUUAUCCCGCCUGGGGCAGAUCCAUAUGGUGUGGCACAGCCUGAUGCCUAUCAGCCUGGCUUGGUCCAACCUGUUACAGAUCAACCUGGUUUGGUGCCACCUGGGGCAGAUCGACAUGGUUCAGCACAGGCUGGGGCAGGUCGGCGAGUUUCAGUGCAGACUGGGGCAGGUCGGCAAGGUUCAGCACAGCCUGGGACAGAUCAGCGUAGUUUGAUACAACCUAGUGCAGAUUGGGGUGGUUUGGUACAGCCUGGCACAGACCAAGGUUUGGUGUCUCCUGGUGCAGGUCAGCCUGGCUUGGUUCAACCUGAUUUGUCACAAAUUGGUAUAGAUCGGCGUGGUUUGGUCCAGGCUGGUGCAAGUCAACAAGGUUUAGUGCAACCUGGCACAGGUCAGCCAGGCAGAGAUCAGCAUGGCUUGGUACAGCCAGGUGCAUAUCUGCCUGGUUUGCUGCAACCUGGAAUGGAUCCCGGUGGAUUAGUGCAACCAAGUGAGGUUCAGCAUGGGUUGGUGCCCCCUGGUGCAUAUUACUAGAGUGUGGUACAGCCUGGGGCAGAUCAGCAUGAUUUGGUGCAGCCUGGUACAGAUUGGGGUGGUUUGGUGCAACCUGGUGCAAUUCAGGAUGGUUUAAUGCAAACUGGGAUGGAUCAGCAUGGUUUGGUCCAGCCUGGUAUAGACCAGUAUGGUUUGGUUCAGCCAAGAGCUGAUCAGUAUGGUUUUGUGCAGCCUAGUGCAGAUCAAUUUGGUUUAGCACAACCAGGUCUAGCACAACAUGGUUUACUCCAACCUCAACAUGGUUUACUCCAACCUGGCAUAGGUCAGCAUGUUUUGGCCCAACCUGGUGCAGAUGAGAGUGACUUGGCCCAACCUGGAAUGGAGCAGCAAGGUUUGGUCCAGCCUAGCACAGAUCAGCAUAGUUUGGUGCAACCUGGUACAAUUCAACCUGGCUUGGUACAACCUGGAGUGGACCACCGUGGUUUGGUGCAACCUAGGGCAGAUCAGUGUGGCUUGGUGCAGCCUAGGGUGGCCCAGCGUGGCUUGAUGCAGUCUGGAGAAGGUCAGCCUGAUCUGGUUCAGCCUGUCGUGGAUCAGCACAACUUGGUACAGCCAGGCAUAGUUCACUCUGAUUUGGUGCAGCCUGGCAUGGAUCAGCGUGGCUCAAUGCAGCCUGGGGCAGAACAGCUUGGCUCACUGCAGCCUGGUUUACUGUAGCCUGGGGCAGUUCAGCCUGGUUUACUGCAGACUGGGACAGUUCAGUCUGGCAUUAAGCAACCUGGAAUUGGUCAGCCUAGUACAGAUCCCUGUGGCUUGGUUCACCCUGGGGCACACAUGCCUGAUAUGGCUCAACCUGGUGUAUAUCCUCCUGGUUUCAUCCAACCUGGUAUUUUUUCUUGUGGUUUUUCUCAACCUAGUGCAUAUCCACGUGGUUUCAGACAACCCACUGCAAGACCACAAGGCUUCAUAACACCAAGGGUAGAGCUUCAUGGCUUUUCAAGACUCCAGAUAGAUUCUCAGAAUAUGAGAUCACCCCACCCAUAUCAGCCCUCUAUAGUUCCUCCUGACCAAGAAAAAUAUGACCAUGGUCAAGCCAGGCAAAGUAGAACACAUCGUGGCAUAGACCAGCUGGGCCCCAGACCAUUAAGCACGGGUUUGAGAUCCACGCUCCCAGAUCAACAGCAACUGAUAUCACUUGGCCCAGGUCAAGAAGGCCGGAUAUACCCAGGUGCAGUUCAGUAUGUUCAAACAGAUGCUGGCGCGGACUACCCCGGCCCGGAGUACCAAGGUGAUGAGUCUGGCCACCGAGUUUGGGAUCCAAGCAGAAGACUUGGCUCAGUCCAAUAUGAUCGUGCUGCCCAGACUGCCCCAGGCCAAGAUGUCACCUAUUCCAGGAGUCGAGGCUCCUUUAGCCAUCUCCAACAAAUCAGGUCAGAAAGUGAGACCCAUAGUGAGCGUAAGGAUUCAUUGGAGAAACUGGCACCAAACUUCCCCACGGCCGUGGAAACAUUUCGUCUGAUGGGUGAGCUCAUUGGCCUUUAUGUAGAGCUGAAGGAAAACACAAAGGAUCUGGAUGAGAAGCACGCUGGCCAGACUGACUUAGAGAAGAUCCAGUACCUGCUGUCACUGAUGAUCAGAAAGGCCAUGCCCCAGGACCUGCAGGAGCAGCUCAAGACCCUAAAAUCCUUGAACAAAGAAGUUCGGCAGGACAAGGCCAAACUGGACAAGAUACAAAGGCUUCUGGAAGGUGAAGGCCCUCCUGGAGAGAAGGACUUGAAGCCUAGCCAGCUGAGCUUGCAGCUAGGCACCCUCAGAGUCACUGUGUCUGACAUUGAGAAGGAGCUGGCUGAGCUGAGAGAGGGCCAGGAGCGAGGCAAGGCUGCCAUGGAGAAUUCAGUCUGUGAAGCCUCCCUUUACCUGCAGGAUCAGUUAGACAAGCUCAGGACCAUCAUCGAGAGCAUGCUGAGUUCCUCCUCCACACUGCUGUCUUUGAGCAUGACCCCUCACAAGUCCACAACCGCCCUGGUGCCUGGCCAGAUUGACCCCGAGGCCACCUGCCCAGCCUGCAGUCUGGACUUGGGUCAUCAGGUCAGCCUGCUGGUGCAGCGUUACGAGCAGCUGCAGGACAUGGUCAAUACCCUGGCUGCCUCCCGGCCCUCCAAGAAGGCCAAGCUCCAGAGCCAGGACGAGGAGCUGCUGGGCCACGUGCAAAGCGCCAUUCUGCAAGUGCAGGGUGACUGUGAGAAGCUGAACAUCACCACCAGCAACCUCAUUGAGGACCAUCGGCAGAAGCAGAAGGACAUUGAGGUGCUGUACCACGGUCUAGAGAAGCUGGAGAAGGAAAAGGCCGAUAGGGAGCACCUGUUCGUGGAGAUGGAUGUGAAAGCCAACAAGAGCGACCUGGAGUCUAAAGUGAGCAGGAUCCAAUUUGAUGCCACCACGGAGCAGUUGAACCACAUGAUGCAGGAACUAGUGGCCAAGAUGAGUGGACAGGAGCAAGACUGGCAGAAGCUGGUGGACAGACUUCUGGCGGAGAUGGACAGCAAGCUGGACCGCCUGGAGCUGGACCCAGUGAAGCAACUGCUGGAGGAUCGCUGGAAAUCCCUGAAGCAGCAGCUCAAAGAGCGCUCGCCGCUCUACCAGGCGGAUGAGGCAGCCGCCAUGCGGAGGCAGCUCUUGGCUCAUUUCCACUGCCUCUCCUGUGAUCGUCCCUUGGAGAUGCCUGUGACUGGACAAGUCAUCCCUGUGACCCCUGUGGGUCCUGGUCUGCCUGGCCACCGUUCCAUCCGGCCCUACACUGUGUUUGAGCUAGAGCAGGUUCGCCAACAGAGCCGCAACCUGAAGCUGGGUGGCAGCUUCCCUCGGGGUGACCUGUCACAGAUGGAGAGGGGUGUGGGGCGACUGCGCACCAUGCACUCCAAGGUGUUGAUGGACAUCGAGAAGGUGCAGAUCCACUUAGGAGUCUCCAUGAAGGCCAGCAGCCAGAUGAUCCGAGAGCUGCUACAAGCUCGGUGCCUCGACCACCCCUGCUACAAACGGGGCGCAGAUUCAGCAGAUUACACUUACUCCACUGUGCCUCGGCGCUGUGGGGGCAGCCACACCCUCACCUACCCCUACCGCCGAAACCGCAUGCAGCAUCUGUCCCCACUGGAGGAGAUCCAGAUCACCAUGAAGCAUGAUGAGGUUGAUAUCUUGGGCCUUGACGGACACAUUUACAAAGGACGUAUGGAUACGAGGCUUCCAGGCAUCCUGACCAAAGACUCUCCAGGGAUGACGAAGCACAAGUCCAAGCAGCUCCAGCAGCUCCAGCAGCCCCAGCAGCCCCGACCCCACGUACACAGGCAACAGUCCCUCAGCAACAGCAGCCUGCCACCCUCUCGGCCUCAGAGUGCACAGAUGUUGACCAACAACCCAGGUUCCUCACGGCAAAAGAAAGUCCGGCCCAUCUCCUCUGAGGGGCGUCUCUCCCAGUUGAAUAUAGCCUCGCCAUCCAGCCCCACGGAUCUGGCAAGCCUGGAGGGCAGCCAACAGGGGCUGGACAUGACCAUGGAUGUGCCUCCUGGCGAGGGGCUGGAGGAACCCACCCAAGGGUCGAGGUCUACUACCACUCACUGA